CCAUGAAGUUUAGGCCCAAUACGACUUAUAAAUUAUUCGUGCUUGGGCUAACCCAUUUAUUUCGUGUCCGUGCUCAUGUCGUGCCGCGGAACGGCCCGGUGCCUACGUCCAUCAGCACACACUACUCCAUUCAGCCGCCGCCAUCCAUUUUUCUCAGCAACCAAAACAGCUUUCUCCUCUUAUUAUUCCUUUCCUUUUUUGUGCAACCUCUUCGCUUUACAGUCUCCGGGAAAGCUUCAAUCUUUCGGUUCGGAAACCGCGCCGCGGCCAUGGCUUCUUCCACCAUCGCCUCUCCUUCCACGUCCUUCAUUCCCAACAAGAAGAAAUUGGGUCGCUCGGCUUUCUCCCCAGCAUCGUCCCCUUUAUCGGUUCCCAAAUGUAGGAAAUCGAUAGCGAAGAAAGUUGUUUCGGUCAUGGCGCCACAGCAGUCCGAGCGCAUGCCGGCAACUACUGGCUCAGUGAAGACUGCGAUGACAAUGACUGAGAAAAUCUUGGCUAGGGCUUCUGAGAAGACCCAUUUGAGUCCCGGUGAAAAUGUUUUGGUAGACGUUGAUAUCUUGAUGACUCAUGAUGUUUGUGGCCCUGGUUCUAUUGGUAUCUUCAAGAAAGAGUUUGGGCAGAAUGCCAAGGUUUGGGACCGUGAAAAGAUUGUGAUCAUUCCGGAUCAUUAUAUAUUUACCAACGACGAACGUGCAAAUAGGAAUGUGGAUAUAUUGAGGGACUUCUGCGCGGAGCAAAACAUAAAGUACUUCUAUCAGUUCUAUGACAUUCAGGAUCGUGGUAAUUUUAAGCCCCAUUCCCCUGAUAACCGAGCUUUAGCAACUAGAUCGCUCUCAGAUCUUUGAGGAAGUUGGAUGCGACACACCUGCGAGUCCCAGCUGUGGCGCGUGCUUAGGAGGCCCUAAAGAUACUUAUGCACGAAUGAACGAGCCUAAGGUAAGCAGACCUGAAUUCGAUCUCCUUCAGUUUCCUUCCAUUUUCUCGUCUGGUUUUUCCACAUUCUGUUUGACUGGUUCGACCACUUCUCCAGGUAUGUGUCUCAACAAUAAACAGGAACUUCCCUGGAAGGAUGGGACACAAAGAAGGCGAGAUAUACCUAGCCUCUCCUUAUACAGCAGCAGCUUCUGCUUUGACUGGAUAUGUUACUGAUCCAAGGGACUUCUUGCAGUAAGAUCGAUCACAGUUUUAAUCUGUUUUGGAACUCUUUGUUGUAACAAAUUUCAAAAGUUGGAGAUGGUAUUUUCGGCGUAUUGUUGUACUAGGGUUGAUUAGCUCUCAUGGAUUUCGAAAUCGAUGAAUUUUGAGAAGUUUGUAGAUUUGGAAACAGCAGUAGAUUUCUGAAUUUACAGUUUGGUUAUACUUUAUAGACUUGUGUGAUGGAUUAAUUUACCACCAGCCGGCGUGAUGUGUGGGUUCUUCCCAGCAGUGCUGGUUCAUUUUGUUACUCCAGAAACCUGCUGCAUACUCUUCUUCAGUUCUAGAACUGUCAGACAGCAUACUCCUGCGAUCAUACAAUCUCGACAUCUCUCACGUACUUUUCUCAACAACAACAAAGUCAUCAUCGUUAUCUACUUGUUACGCUUUUCAUGCAUAAUAUAUCGUAGAGUGCAGU